AAAGUAGGUCACUAAAGGUCAUUAGCUGGAGGGGUGUUUAGAUGGGGCGUUACGUUGAUGUACUCAGGCCGAAUAAACUAUGAGUUUGCAGGUUCAGUGAACAAAGAAUGGAUAUGGAAAGAUAACUUGUAUUACUUUCAUUCGCUGAAAGUCAAGUCAGAGUUGUGCUAUCACAGUGGUUGUGUUAAUACUAUCUGCUGGGAUGAUCGCGGGGAGUAUAUUUUGUCGGGUUCAGAUGACAGAUGUAUCGCUAUUGCUAACGCUUUUUCACAGGAUUCUGAAGGUCAAAACGCCUAUAAUUUAAAGUUGCCUGCGUACAGUAACAUUUUUACGGCGAAGUUUCUCCCUUUUUCUUGCGGAAGCGAAAUAGUUGUUGGCUUUAAAUGCGGUUGUGUCACCCAUGUUAAUCCCAACUCUAGUAUAAAGGAUAGUCUCAAGAACAUUUUCUGUCACACGUUUGCCGUGUAUGACAUUCUUACUUUGCAAGAAAUGCCUACUUGCUUUAUAACACUAUCUCAUGACCAUUCAGCCACUCUUCUGGAUACCAGAAUCACCUCCGUGCACAAGAGUCCGAGUUGUAGUCGGGGAUGUUUCAACAACACAAACUCACCAUGGGUUUCAAAUUUUUCUGUUGUCAAUCAGUUAAAGUUUCAUUUUCCAGUAACUGCUGGUGAUAUCCAUCCUUUGAAUGGAUGUCGUUCAAUCGCGCUGGCAACUGCCGACGGUUUUGUACGUCUUUUCGAUAUUCGAAAGCUCGUUUCCACUUUGUCCUCCGCAGCUGUGGGCGACCCACCUCAACCUAUGCCAUUUCGUGUAGCCAGACCUCUUGGUUUACCCGCGAAGAUAAAUUCGACCAAAACGUUCAGAUUAGAUUAUGGACCAGGUCAUAUAACGUCAGUCAAGUUUGAACCUAUCUAUGACAAGGAUCAUACUCAGUUUUGGUUACCUAUUGGCCGUAAACAGUCACUUUCGUCGAAUCUUGGUGGGAAACAUUUACUUGUCAGUCAUAUGUAUGCCCCUAUUUUCUUGUAUGAUCUUUGUUCAGAAGAAACGCUUAGCGACUCUGAAGUACAGCGACCUGAUUGGCUACCGAAUACGGAUACAUGCAGUCCAUCAUCGGAAACAGAAUCUCCUCGCUCAUCGGAAGAUAGCCUUAUUUCAGAUCCGAAUAUACGUUUAACUGUUGCUCUCUAUCGAUGGCUCACCCAACAUCGAUCCAGAACAGAUGAAAACGCUGUGGAUGAAGCAUCGACUGAACCUCAAACAGUGUCUUCAAGUCCUGCCGAAUCAACGUCUGGUCAAACUUAUACAGGCUCUCAGCGUGAACAAAAACUCCCCAUCGAUUACUUAACAGAUGCAUAUAUUUCUGACAUCAUAAAUUCUUCUCCAAGAUGUCGCGAAAUAAUGAAAUAUCGUGGUCGUGAAUGCUGUAGUACUGUGGUCAAAGUGUCAACAUUUUGGGGGCGGAAUUUUAUUCUGUCCGGAUCUGAAUGUGGUCAUUUAAUUGCAUGGGAUCGUAAUACAGGAAAGCCUGCACUUGCAAUUAAAGCAGAUACAUCUGUAGUAAAUCGAAUUAUUCCUCACCCUCUUUUCCCAAUGAUUGCUGUCAGCGGAAUUGAUCGGUCCAUAAAAAUAAUUGAACCUGAUCCAAAUAUAUACGAACAAAGUGAUGUUGACGAUGGUGAUGACCAUGGUGAAUCAGCGUUUAUGAAAGUAGUAAAACAACAUGAAGAAGAAGCAAGUCAGGUCUGUUGAAAUUCUUGUCUAACUUUAUCAGUAUGUUCUGCACAGAUAGACAAACACAAAACGAAAUUACUGUAUGAUGUUAAUUAUUUAUUGUUAUAUGUUAGGUUGUGCUUUCUAAUCACUCGUAACGAAAGUUGAAAAUCUAACCGAAUUUUAAUUACUCGAUAUUAUUAGUUACUAAAAUAUCCGGGUUCGGAAGGAGGCCGUAUAGUUAUUUUGUAUGGCAGUGCAAAAAAGGAGCGAAAAGUGUGAGAUGAUUUCCUGACUCAUCAACCAAGGGAAGAGAAAUAAACAUAAAAAACUAAAUGAUUAGUUUGGAAAAUUAGAGUCGCUCUUUCUUUUAUAACAAAAUGACAGACUUACAAACAAAGUCUGUAACUUGGUUUGACAGAAAAUCUACAAAUUAACGUUGCAUACACUCAUAGAAAACUUUAAGUCUCUUACUGACUGUCAAAAUAAGAGUAGAUUUUCAUUUUAGCUGACGAACAUUUAACUCACUAAAUCAUUUGUUCAUUCGUUUACUAAUUAAUGUUAUACAGUUAUGUCAAGCAAAUGAAAUAAGAACAAAAAAAAUGUUAAGUUCUGGUAAUAAUCACUUGGAUAGUAUCGCACGUCUACGAGCUGGUCGUGUUGCACGAAUGAUUUUACUACGGCUCGUUGAAGGAACAAACUCCACAGAUUCAAGAGAUACGGAUACGAAUACAUGAAGCUCGUCUGGCUGUGACUUUUCAUGAUUCUUGAUCUCUGUGCUUUCAACUGACUUUUAUUAUUUGCCAUUUAUUCGGAUUCAAAUUCGUGUUUUUGCGAAUCGUCUGUGACAUGCUUUUAUCCUUUCUUUAAAUUUCCCUUACCACAAAAUUUGUUAUUUAGUAUUUCGUCAAAUAGUCAUUUAUCCCUAUAAGAACGACCGUAUAGUACAAUG